AUGUCAUCAGCCCCCUCCCCAAUCCAUCUGGAUGGGACCACGCUCGAAGGUGGCGGCCAACUCCUCCGCAUAGCCAUCGGUCUCUCAGCCCUCACUAAAAAGGCCAUCGCCAUCACGUCCAUCCGCGGCAAGCGUCACGGCGGCGGCGGCCUCAAAGCCCAACACCUAACCAGCGUCCAGUGGCUCAGUUUAGCCAGCAACGCGCAAACUAUUGGCGCAGAACUAAAGAGCAAGGAAUUAACUUUCACCCCCAAUGCCCUCCACACCCCCAAUGCCCUCCACACCCCCAAUGCCCUCCACACCCCCAAUGCACAAUCUCAAGCACACAUCCAAAUUCCUCAAACCACUCCCGGAAGCAUAACCCUCAUCUUACAAGCCAUUCUCCCCUAUAUCCUCUUCUCCUCCUACCACUCCUCCCCAGUCUACAUCACAAUAACCGGCGGCACAAACGUCUCAAAUUCGCCGUCCAUAGACUACACAACCCAAGUCCUGCUUCCCAUGCUCAAACUCAUUGGCAUUCCACCCAUCUCAACCCAGCUCCACUCCCGCGGCUGGUCCCAAGGUGCCCCCGUACUCGGCAGCGUGACCUUCACCAUCACCCCCCUCCAAGCCCCUCUCCCUGCCUUCGACCUCACCACCCGCGGCGCCAUCAUCUCCAUAAAAGCAACGAUACUCGCUCCAGCAUCCAGCGAACAGAAUUUCCGCGAUGAACUAGGCCUCAUGUUCGAGAAGCGUGGAUCCCAUUUCUUCGACACUGAACAAACCCCAAAUAUCGAAAUAUCCUUCCAAGACUCCCACCACGAGAAACGUUUCUAUAUUCUCCUCGUAGCCAAAAUGUCCUCUGGCAUAAAACUAGGCCGCGACUGGUUGUAUGACCGUCGCGUCCCCUCUUCCUCCUCCUUCUCACACAUCCCCGCCAUGAUAGCAAAAGUCUCGUCGGACCUACUCGCGGAAAUCGAACAUGGCGGCUGUGCGGAUGAGUGGAUGAGAGACCAAUUAGUCGUUUUUCAGGCGCUGGCCAAGGGGGAGAGUAGGGUGGAUGGCGGAUAUAGGGGUGCGGAGAGGGUGGAGAUGAGUCUGCAUGCGAGGACUGCAGUGUGGGUUGCGGGAGAGGUGGCGGGGGUGCGGUUUGAUGAGGAGGGAGGGUGUAGGAGCGUGGGAUUUUAUGGUGGGGUGGUUGAGGAGGAGGAGGUUGAUGGGGAUGGGAAGGGGAAUAGGGAUGAUGAUGAGGGUGGGUUGGUGGAGAAGAUGAGGAAGUUAGCGGUCUCUAAGGAGGAUGUUUAA